AGACGUAGUGGGCGAUGGACAACGUUGCUGCAGCUCCUCAGAUACACAUUACUAUUACUGGACAUCUGGUAUCAUUGUCGGAGUUUCGUUUCUAGUUUAUUUAGGCUUCCAAUUACCAGUUUCACGCUCAUAGAAGGUCAUACUGGCAACAUCGUGAAUUGUAAAAGCCUAUGCUGUGUGCUUUCUGCAGUAGAUAAUCCAGAAGCAUGAUUGGUCGUAUACCGGGUCUCCAUUAGUGGACAACUGAUCUAGCCGCCUCAAUAAUUUCCGCUUAAUUUCCAACCGGCUUUCAAAAAUAACAAAAAUCUCGGGAUAAUCUGCCGAAUUACAUUUAAAUCUUGAGUAUCUGAAACACUAUAAACGACAAAUUCACUUCUCGAUUACUAUUACCAGCCGAGGAGGCAAGAAAACAAAGCCAGAGACGCAGGUCAAGUUAUGUGAUGGAUAACAUGAAGAUCAGCGUCUGGGUGUUGCUCACAGCUUCUGUUCUCACCUUGGUCUACACACAUGAUAUGCAAGAUGGUCAGUACGAGGGAGGGGUAAUCUCGACUCCUACCAUCUCGUCCACACAGCUGCCCACCACUCGUUCCAUACAGCGAAUCUCCUCCCUGCCUAUGCAACAACCCACCAAGCUGCCCACCUAUCGAUCUACCAAACUGCUUGCAGUCGACUAUACCCUGCACCCCACCCAGCUGCCAUCCAUUACACCCAUCGAGUCUACCACCCAGCCACCAUCCAUUACACCCACCGAGAACACCUCCCAACUAUCCACACAGCCGCCCUCUGAGCUGUCCACACAGCCACUCUCUGAGCCGCCCUCUGAGCCACCUUCUGAGCCGCCCUCUGAGCCGCCCUCUGAGCCGCCCUCUGAGCCACCCUCUGAGCCGCCUACUGACUCGUGCAGCGCGGGUUGGGACCACAUAUAUGACAGCUGCUACAAGGUGUUUGCCAGCACUGAGACGUGGAGUACAGCCAUGGAGAAGUGUUCAUCCAUGGGUGCUGAACUGGCCAAAGUAAACCCAGAUAACCUUGAUUUCCUUAACAAAUUGACUGGGCUGGAUGACGUAAGAGAUGUUUACACGUCUUUCUGGGUGCAAGAUUCCAUCAACGGCACUUCAGAACCCCAGAUUAGAUUCAUCAUCACUGUAUUAUUCAGUUCUGUUAUCACCGUCAAAGAGUUCUGUGCAACGGUUGACAGGUCAACUUUCAUGCUCAACGAAUCAGUCUGCGAAGAUUACUUGCCAUACCUGUGUGAAGCAGCAGUAGGUGAGUUUCCUGCACCUACUUACGUUCGUUACGCCAUAACAGUGUGA